CCGCCAUCAUCCCGCCACGCUGCCGCCAUUACAGCCAUGCACUACUGCGCAGUCGACGGCUGUUCCAGCACCAAAAGACAGAAACACAUCUCUUUCUUCCGCCUACCUAAAGAAGAGGAAACACGCAAAAAAUGGCUGCAGCUAAUAGGACGUCCCGACAUUGCGACGUCUCCGACGAGUCCCAACAACCAUUUCGUAUGCUCUCUACAUUUCGAUGAAUCGAUGAUGAUAAGCGUGCCCAAACUCAAACCGGACGCUUUGCCGAUGAAACUACUGCCCAACUGUUCCCGUUUGAUCAGUUACGACGAGAAAAGUACGCAGACGGACGAAUUGAAGAUAGACAUAUCGUCCGCUCUUAUCUACUCUACUGAUAAUAAAUCGUCGGGGCAAAGUGCUUCCGAUAGUAUGAGAACUGACAAUCCCCAAACUUCAGUACCUCUGUCUCCGGCGACGCGGAAAAGGAAACCACGCGAACCGAAGGACACAGAAACGAAAAGAAGAAAGCAGCAAAACGGAACACUGGAAUUAGAAAAGGAUGCCCCAAAACAAAAAUUAUAGUAAUCCGUCAAAAGGGGAUUUAGAAACUUACUCAAAAACAAUUUCAAUACCUGACUUUGUUUGAGGAUGAUUGAGACUGAUAAUAGUUCCAGCAAUAUUAGUUUUAUGAAACAAAUUUAAAUUUAUCUUUACACGUUUCUUUGUUUAGUCGAAUUAUGUAUUAAGUAGCUUUAGAUAUAAUAAUGUUAUGUACCUACGCAUUUAUAUUAUUGUCAAUAGUAAGCAAAAGAACGGAUUGUUGUUUCAAGUCUUUAUACACGUAAAUAAUUAAUACAAACGCUAUUACAUUAUCGCAUAUUGUAUACAGGCCCAUUAUUUUAAUGACCAAUUAGUUAGACAAUGAGUGAAGGAUAUGGCAACAAAUCUAGCGUUAAUGCAUUGAAUUAUAGCGAUGCUAUCGGGUUUGGUUGUUUGUCGUUGAAAAUCACCAUGUUUUCACGGUCGAUAAAUUUCGCCAUUAAAUGUGUCUCGCCAUAACGCUACCCCUGGGCUAAACGUGAAAAAAA